CAAAACAAUCAAUGGGUUUAUACAACCACAUGACAAAGGUAUUGGAUAUUGGACUUUAACUGGACAUUUAACAUUUAGGCGGUUAUUUGUGGAGAACUAAUGACCUUGUUUAUCCGGAGAUGUGUUUUCAAUCUUCCUCCCCUAGUUGAGGUUUCAGCUGCACAGCUGCAUUUGGGACACUACAAUUCAAAAUAUAAACUAGUUGUUGAUCCUCAUAAAGAGGAUACUAUUAAAAGUGGUUUUGAGAAUGUGACGAGAUGGCUUAUAGUAGCAGAUAUAUUGAGAGGUCUACGGUUAACCCUUGGUAUGGUGUUUAAGGAGCCUGCAACUUUAAACUACCCUUUCGAGAAGGGUCCUCUCAGUCCAAGAUUUCGUGGUGAGCAUGCUUUACGUAGGUACCCUAGUGGUGAAGAACGGUGUAUCGCUUGCAAACUUUGCGAAGCUAUAUGUCCAGCUCAAGCAAUCACUAUUGAGGCUGAGCCAAGAGCUGAUGGGAGUAGAAGGACAACUAGAUAUGAUAUUGAUAUGACCAAGUGCAUUUACUGUGGAUUUUGCCAGGAAGCGUGUCCAGUAGACGCCAUCGUAGAGGUGACCAAUUUGUUCUUUUAAAGUGCUUACUAUACUCGUAGUAAUAAAGAUCAUUUGGCUAAUUUUUUGGGCUGCAUACCGAGCUUGCAUUAACGUAACUCUCAGUUGAUACUAUUACUGUUCAUUUCACAACAGCAAAAUCCAAAUCUACUAGGAAAUAAUUGGUAAUGUUUUGUGAAGGUUUUAAGUGAAGAACUAAUAGUUGACUUGUGGAAUCUCCCUUGUGAGUUGAGUUUCAUAAUGAGGAAAUGUGUUUAUUCAGUGGCUGACCUAGCAAAACUUCCUGAAUUUUACUGUUCGUUUAGUAAGCCCUGGUAUUUUCAAAGCGUCGUGUUCAUAUCCAAAUUUUGAGUUUAACAACAUGAUGUAGCCCUUUCAAGAGCUAUAUCCGUAACGUCUCGGGCGGCAUAUGAACGCUUAUUAGUGUAUUACUCGGAAUGAUGGAAUUUCCACCCUACCCUUUGGUAAUUUUAAAGCAUUAGGAAAUUUACACACAAAACGACGUAUGGCUAGUUUAAUAUAACUUUUGACCCUGCGAAUCGGCCACUAGACUCGUACAGAUUACAUCAAAAAUUCAUUUUCAUCCUUUCUGACUUCGUGAAUUAUCCACUUAUGAUCCUAUUUGUUACAUCUUUAUUUCACAUUCGUUUGGCAGGUGACUAAAGUGCUAUUGUCAGUUUCACAUUCAACUUAGAUACCAAGUGAACCGCAUCCAUCUGUCAUAUCCUUGAUCUCAAAAAUAAAAUUGUCAAGAUAUCAGCUCAUUCAAUGUGUUUGGGAAAAACUUUUUAUGUACUCGGAGAUUCUUUAUUAGGUUAAAGCAGAAGACUAGGUAAUUUUAAGGGUAGACAUCAGGUUCCUCUCUAAUCGUUUUUUUUGGCAGAGAUAAUCAGUGAAAGCGAAUGUGUUUAAAAUAUCAUCCACUCACUUAUGAUCACUUUAAGGUUUAGCGAGUUUCAAAUACCUGAUAUCUUGACAAUUUUAUUUUUGAGAUCAAGGAUAUGACAGAUGGAUGCGGUUCACUUGGUAUCUAAGUUGAAUGUGAAACUGACAAUAGCACUUUAGUCACCUGCCAAACGAAUGUGAAAUAAAGAUGUAACAAAUAGGAUCAUAAGUGGAUAAAUCACCAUCCAGACUAUCGCUUAUCUCUAAAACUGAUCGCCUAACGUUUCUCUAAUUUUAACACUGGUAUCUGAUCGGCAAGUAAAUUUUAUAUGGUUUUGGUGUGUGUUAACAGUUAAACGACAUCUUUCAAAAGAUUUCAAAUGUAUAUUUAACCUUUGAGUCUUCAGAUCUCAGGAGCUAUAUGUAAGAUCAAUAAAAGUCAGCUUUUACACACUUUUCAGUUCAAAUAGUUACCAAACGUUGAAAAUGAAGUCGGACAGUUCUAUGAAAAACGUAUGUGGUUCAUCCUAAUUACUAGCAAAAUAGCACUUUUAUAUCAAUCACAUGAUAAUUAAGUGUAAUAUGAUUUUGUAGGUUAAAAAUAAGGUUGUUCGCGUUAUAUGUAAAGCUUUUUGUAUACCUAUCGAGUUCACAAACACCCAGCUAAUCAUCUGUUUAAGGAAAAUGUUAAUCCCUUACAUUCCACUCUGAUUAUCAGAAUUACAUUGCCAUGGGAUGGGAAGAGUCACCUCUCUCUCAAAGUGCUCUCAUAUGGCUAAAUGUAUCCAGCCAAUACCUUCUCACAGUAACUCUGACUCCAAACCAAUGGUGCACAUAGGCUCCAGGAUCCUGAGGGAACAAAUGGCGUAUGAGUCAAUUAUUGGUCACCGGUUACCAUGGGACUGCACCUUCUAACGUUGCAUCAUUGCCUUGUGGAUUAGACCUGUAGGUCAAAGGCUCAAAAUAUGAAUCCCUAAGAAAACCACAUGCUUCUGUUUGGACGCCCGGGCAGUAUUCCGGUCCUCACAAAUCGAAUGGUCUGUGUGGCACACAAAUAUUUGGUACCUCCUUGUACCAAUGUUUAUGUAUUUAAAUAAAUAAAUAAUAGAUCAGAAUCACAUCUUUCCUAGCACCCAUCACAACGCUUUUUGUCUUGUUACUUGCUCAGACCGCUUACAUUUAUAAGUUCUCAAAGGAGGAAUACUUCAUUUAGGCCUAUAUAAAAACAAAGUUUUUUUUUUUAGUUGAAAAUCCUUACACAUAAGUUUUCACGCACUUUAAAUGCAUCAGCAGAAAUUCGAGAUUUGGUUCGUCGGUAUCUUCAUUCCAUAGAUUGUUUUGUCUUGUUACUUUAAAGUUGGUCGGUUAGUUUAAAUCAUGAGGUGGAAAAGUCUAACAAGAAAAAGUAACUAGACAAGCCUCAGUAGUUAUAAAUCUUAUGGUUCAUUUGCACAUUUUAAUUUCAUCAUCACAUCAGCAUAACUGUAUUGUGAAGUCUAAAACAGUAGUUUUAAUAUUAAAAGAUAUGAUUUUAAAAAAUAAAAUUCCUCUUUAAGCUCUAUGGGGUGUCAAAAAUGAGUAGUUUUAGAUUUCAGGAAUUGCAAGUCUAAAACACGAGUUUAGGUGUUUUAUACUCUUGCAUUUAUUUUAUCAAAUGUAGCAAGUUAGACUAAUGCGUUACUGUGAAAGCUAUUACUCUGUUCAGUCUAACUUCCUCUGUAAAAUGAAUGGAUUUUUACUAGAAGGAUAUGAUUUUUUGACAGGUUAUGUCAAUUUAACUGUAAUCUUAGCAACUGUUCGUGUGUUAAAGAUGGAACAGUUCUAAGCACGCUUCUUUGGUAGAUAGAUAAAUAAGUUGUAUAAAGCACCAGACUACAGCUUAGGCAUAGAGGCUCUUCGGUGUCUCGAAAAAAGUCGAUGUCACGAGAGGAGUCACUACCUUUUAAAAUGAGUUGGAAGCUUGAUUUUUCUAACCUCCCACUUCCAAAACCCUUUUGUUGUCUAUGGAUGGCGUUGUUACUUUCGAUUGAUUUCCAACUAAGAUAACUAAUUUUCUAGUUUGUUUUCUCAUCUGAAUUUCAGGGACCAAACUUCGAAUAUUCUA